AUGAGUGAGGACACAAAAGCUCAGCCGCCGGCCACUGAGACCAGUGCGAAUAAGGCUGAGGAUGAUCAACCAGAGAUAUCGCAAGCCACGGUAGCCGCUCCCGAUUUCAAUGUACUACGGUCCAAUGUACGAGAGUCUACCGCGCGUCUGCAAUUUCCGGAGGUUGCAGAGUGGACUACCGAAGACUUGGAGAACAUCGAGACUGCCGAGGAUCUUUCGCCAGAACAAUGGAACAAGAUCUUCCGCAUCAACAAGGUCUUGUAUGGCUUCACGAUCAGGGAGUCGGAGAGCGACAUUGUCAAGGCUCGGCAGCAGGCUUUCGUGCUGCAGCCACCACCCUCGGUGCAGGAUCCAGUGCUAAAUGGGCUUCCGGAGUUCGAGGUUUGUGACUCCUCUUCGAUCUCAAUCAAACAGAUCAAGACAGACCUUCAGCGUUCUCUUGCCGAGAAUGGCUUCUCUGCGAAAUCGAUUAGUACCGCACUUGGAGGGGGAGCAUUUGGGGUCACGGCCGGCAUCUCGGCAAGCCUCAAGGCAGAAAGCACACAGACGAAUGUGGUGGACAGAGAUAAGGCAGAAAUGGAGUACUACGCGGCUUACAAUUUUCCACGGGCAAGGUUGUUCCUUGACGAGGACAAUCUGACAUUGUCACCGCAGUGCCAGAGAGCUCUUGAGGACAUUCGACGAGACCGUACAGAUCAGCAAUUGCGGAAAUUCAGCGAGAAAUUUGGCCACAUUUUCGUCACAGCGUGUCAGCUGGGAGGUCAAUUGCAAAGCUCCAAAUUCGCCGGUUCUCUCACAGAAAGUAAAGAUAUUCAGAAACAGGAUGCCUUGAAAAGCGAGAUGGGCGUCAACUUCAACGCUCAGUACGCCUCGGGAUCCAUCAAUUAUGGCAGACAGCGUCAGUCCGGCAGUCAGGAUUUUACCGGCCGUGGAGUGGAUGUAUCGAGCCUGGCGUGGACGGCUAGAGGCGGUAACUCGUUGCUAUGUGCAAAUCCGCCCCGAUGGGCGCGCAGUGUUGCAAAUCCAAAGCAUUGGAGAGUUAUCGAGCAAGAGAGAGUAGUAACCCUCCAUGAACUCAUUGGGCGGUUCGAAGAGUGGAAGGAUAUUCCGAAGUUGUUCGAAGACAUUGCUCAACAGAGGAUCAAAGCUGGGAGCCGAGAAAAGCCGAAAUGGGGCAAUCAGAUACGGCUUCGAUUAGGCGACAAAAGACUCGCCUGGAAUGCUCUUGACAACAAGUCGCUUGAGGUGACAGGACAAUCGCCGGACCAGGUGUCUAGUGAACCCCUCUUCACUGUGCUUGGAGCCAAUAUUGGUGACCAAAGCACGGUCCCGUUCUUGCCAGCACUGCCAACCGAUUACCCGAUCUAUCUGCUCGCCGGCAAUGAGCUUCACAGGAACCCUAAGCUGAAUUACCAGAUACAAGGUAUCUUCGUGGACGAGCGUGGAAAGAUCAAGCCUGAAAUGGUAGAGAGCAAGGUUAGGCAGGUUACACGUUUCUCAAUGCGCCUGGCCGGCCAGAAAGGCAGAUGGCGCAAAUACAACCAGCAACCGUUCGAGACCAUCCAGUCCGGCGACAAAGUCAAUCUAUACUGCCACUCGGUUGGGGUGGGGCCCUAUGCCAACAUCGAGGAUCCACCUUCAAUGGCCACGCCGAUUCUCUAUUCUCCCACCGAGCGGAGACUGUUGCUUCCAGCUUCGCGCCAAACCCUUCUGAACAAUGGCAACUUGCGUGAGCUCCUACGGCAGUAUGACGAAGGGACUCUUCCAGUCACGGACCGAAUGGCUUUCGAGCUGAAAGGCUACGUUACCAGUGACGACAGGAUUGGAAAGAUCAAGCCUGAUGAGAAGGGCUUACAGGGGAUCAUUCAAAUAGGGAUGUCGUCUGACGGCCGGAUGACGCGCCAGCGGUGCUGGAGGCAAUUGUCGCAGCUUACUGCGGAGGGGCGUUCUGGUCUGGAGAGAUUCACCAUAACACCUUAUCUGCCGGAAGAUGUUGAUUUGGCCGUCUUUACGAUUAUCUUUGAGUGA